AUGGUGUGGGGACUUAGGGUACAUGACCGGGUGUGUGCUCAACUAAGGUUAGGCAUGGGGGCACGGAGGCAUAGGGGCCUGGCGGAGCUGUAUUGGCUGUCACGAGCGCAGGCGGUGAUUAAUCUGUACAGAAGCACGGCAGCCGACUUCAUUCGCGCCCAGAUGGCCUUCCGCCUCCUCCACAGUUCCACCACCACCACCACUGCCACCACCACACUCGAGGAGGGCGGGAGCCUGGAUGAUACAAGUGCCACCAGCUCUGCUGCGGAUGCUAGUGCUGCUGCUGCUGCUGCUGCUGCUGCUGCUGCAGGGACGGGUGGCGAGUUGAGUGUGUGCCAAGCGCUCCCGCUGCCGCCUGUCAUCAAGAGCCGUGCAGCACGGCACAUGAUUGUCGAUGAGCGUCUCAAGGCCAUCUACUGCUACAUCCCCAAGGUGGCCUGCACGAGCUGGAAGCUGUGGUUCCAGCAGCAGCGCGGCCGCACCACCCCUGAUGACAUAGAGCAUGUGCAUGAUGCUGACGCCAGUGGCCUCGACCAGCUAUGGCACGCGUUCACAGAGAGCGAAGCCAUCCGUGUGCUGACCCGCCCAGACAUGUUCCGCUUCACCUUUGUGCGCAACCCCUUCUCCCGUGUCGCCUCUGCCUUCCGCAACAAGCACGUCGCCUGGGCCGACCCCAAGGAUCGCCUGCAGUGGAACAAGAGAUUAUUUGGGUGGAAGGGCGCCAGGCUGCUGCAGAUCGCACCAGAGCGGGCGGAUUACAACAUGACCUUCUCCACCUUCAUCACGCUCGCCCUCGCCACUGUCAGCAAGCACCGCGCCGACAUGGAGCCCCACAUCGCACCCCAGGCGGAUGUGUGUGACCUCGAUAGCGUCAAGUACGACUAUGUGGGGAGAUUCGAGCAGCUGGAGGAAGGCGUGGAGUAUGUAAUGAACCACCUUGGGACUUCGCCCUUGAAAGCCUUUGGGGUGGGCAAGGAGGCUCAUCGCACCGAUGCUGAUGCACACCUGCGGGGAAUGUACACCAAUGAAAUAUACGAGAUGGUGAAGGGGCUAUAUGCGUCGGACUUCAACAUUCCUCUUAAUGUCGAGCAGCAGAAUGCAUCUGCCGCUGAUUUCCAGUCGUACAACGGUUUAGGAGACCAGCAAGAAGCUGCUGCUGGCGAAUAUGCUCCCCCAGCGGAGGAAAACGGCACCUUUGACGGCGGAGCGAAGCUUCCUCCCCCCUCACAGAUGGGUUCCGAGGAGUCGAUUUUGCUAAGGGAAUGGAGGAGGAAGAAGGCCAUCGAGCUUGAAGAGAAGGCUCGCAUCUCAAGAGAGAAGCAUCAACAGGUGCUGGAGGACUCGAAAGCCGAGCUUGAAGCAUUUUACAAGAAGCGUGAGUUCCAAGUCACACAGGCCAAGGCGAACAACAGGGAGAAGGAGAAGGCAUAUGUGGACAACCUAUUGAGCCUCAACUCCAAGCAGGGUGGGAACUAUUGGGAGAGUGUGUGUGCGUUCACAAACUUUGAUGUAUCUAUCAAGAAGGAGAAGGCAAAGAAGAAGGACGAACCGACUCGCAUGUCAACUCAGCUUAACGAUGCUAAACCCGGCAAGCACACUGAUCUAGCCCGCAUGCGCCAGGUGUUGCUGAAGCUGAAGCACAAUCCUCCCCCUGCCUUUGCGGCUGCUGCCAAUACUACUGAUGCUCCUGCUGCUGCUGCCACCACGUCUUCCAAGUCAUCUAAGUCCACAAAGGCAGCUGCAAAGUAG